AAAGGUAUGUGUACAUGUAACUAACGAUUGAAUGUGCAAACAUAUUUAUUUCCAGUUAAAAGUUCAUAUUAUUCAUUAAAAGUUGUAUUUACAUUAUUUACUAUGAGACUAAAUAGCCCACUAUUUCUCGGCAUUUUGCCAAUUUUUAUCCUCUUGUCGAAUUUUGCACGUGGCGAUGCUCUCAACUCGUUGCCCCCAAAAACUGUCCCCACUACUACGCAAAUCACUAAUUCUUCUAACAUUUUCCAAAAUGAAAUUUACGAAAUCAAUUCAUACUCCCAACUUAAUCAAAAUUUAUCGGAGGACGUCCGUUUUUGCCUUUUCUCAGACCCAGAUAAUCCAGACGUUUACCAAUUAUUACAAAUCGACCAGCUCUCCACACCUUUACCCUGUUGGAAUCCAACCCUUCCCGUAAAAAUCCUCAUCCACGGAUUCCUCACCAACAUUUCCUCCAGGUUCCCCGAGAACGUGAAGAAUGCUUACCUCAAAAAACAAAAGGACCACGGCCAUGCCAAGCUGUACAAUAUCGUCGUCGUCGACUGGAGUAAACUCGCCGGAGAUUGGAUUGGCGAUUACUUGUCAUCCAUAAACCACGUUGUCCCUGUCGGAAAGACGAUCGGGCUUUUUAUCACGCGUUUGCUCUCCAAUCAUAAAAUUGGUUCUUACUCACAAAUCCACGUGAUCGGGCAUUCCCUCGGUGCACACGUUUCUGGCGCAGCCGGUGGUUAUGUUAUUGAGCAUGGAGGGAAAAUUGGGCGAAUUUCCGGCCUCGAUCCGGCCGGUCCGCUAUUCUACGUGAAGGCUGGAAUCUCUCAGGGGAGACAAUUGCGAAACGAUGACGCCAAAUUUGUCGACGUUCACCACUGUAACAUGGGCAUGUUGGGGACGUCUGACUCGGUCGGAACUGUCCAGUGGUACCUUAACGAGUUGCCGAUAAGUCGUGAAAUUCAGAUUCAGCCGCAGUGUGAAACUCUCAUACUUUUAGAUAUUGAAUGCAGUCAUGCAUACUGUCCGAAAUUUUGGGCAUUAUCAAUCCUUGAGAGAAGGACGGGUGUAACGGCGGAUGGGCGGAUGGCCGUGUUUGGAGAGGAUAUGAACGUCACGGAACAAGGGGAUUUUUAUAUUUCGAUCACAGAUGAGUUGGACGAUGGAAUGUUCAGGCCUUGAAGAAUGAUGACAAAUAUAAUACAAGUAGAUUAUGGAACACAUUAAGUUAGUCAAAAUUCUCCGAAAAUCCAUAACAUGAUUAAUAUCCUGUCCCACAUGUACAUAUACAAACAUUUUAAAAUGCAAAGUUUUUUUUAAGUUUUGCCAUUAAAG